GUGCAUCCAGCUGUUCUCAAGAGGACGCUCAAGCCCGUAAAAAUUAGGAAACGAAGAAGUCAAAACAAGAUGGCGCCUUAGUUGUAGGAUCUCCUAGCGAUGUUUUAUCUCGUAAAUAAGAUAUAUUUGUCUUUUUAAAAUCGCUUUUAACAUAUUCAUUACACAUUUUAAUUCGUAUUGUGUUAUUUGCGCUGCAGUGUCCUGCCUGACUGACAAGUUGUUGGUUUAGGGACGAUAUGAGCUGCUGUUGUGUUUAUCAGCUGUGUUGACAUCGCUCGGUGCUAUUUGGAAUCGCUGACCGCGGCAUGGACACCGUGUCAGGCUCUGCCUCCGCUGGGACUCCCGGCUCCAUAUCUGACGAGAUGGAGGGCCUUGGCGGCGGCGGCGUGCUUUUACCCCACCUGGGCGCCAUAAAGACCGAACAGGGGCUGCCUGUAAGCGGCGCGGACGAGGCGGGCAACCCCAACGUGGCCAUGGGUAUCAAGUUCAUCCUGCCCAACCGCUUCGACAUGAACGUUUGCUCCCGGUUCGUCAAGUCACUCAACGAGGAGGACAGCAAGAACAUCCAAGAUCAGGUCAACUCCGACCUGGAGGUGGCGUCCGUGCUUUUCAAAGCGGAGUGCAACAUUCAGACGUCACCCUCGGCGGGCAUCCAGGUGCGUCACGUUUACACGCCGUCAACCACCAAGCACUUCUCACCCAUCAAGCAGUCCACCACCCUCACCAACAAGCACCGUGGCAACGAGGUCUCCUCCACGCCACUUCUUGUGCACUCUUUAUCCAUCCAUCAAUUGGCAGCUCAAGGGGAGAUGGUCUUCCUGGCCAGCAGGAUAGAACAAGAGACUGUAAUCAACGUCCAAGAUGAAGAAGGCUUUACUCCUCUCAUGUGGGCGGCAGCGCACGGACAGAUUGCCGUGGUGGAGUUUCUGCUCCAGAAUGGCGCCGAUCCCAACUUGUUGGCCAAAGGAAGAGAGAGCGCUCUGUCGCUGGCGUGCAGCAAAGGUUACACGGAUAUUGUCAAGAUGCUCAUCGACUGCGGCGUAGAUGUCAAUGAGUACGACUGGAAUGGCGGCGCACCACUGCUGUACGCCGUCCAUGGCAAUCACAUUCGAUCCGUGGAGCUCCUUCUAGAGAGCGGCGCCGAUCCCACUGUGGAGUCCGACUCCGGUUUCAACGCCAUGGACAUGGCUGUCGCUAUGGGACAUCGGAACGUUCAACAAGUGAUGGAGGCGCACCUGCUGAGAUUGCUGAUGGCCAUCAGAGAGUGACACUUGGUUGACUUUGUGCUGCUUUUAGGUUAGCUUAGUGCUUUUUUUUUUUUUUUGCCGUUUGUCAUCACUGUUAUUUAUUGUAUUUCCAAUGUACUUAGUGUGUCAACAAAAAUAUUGUGGAUGUGCAAUUGGAUUUUUAAAUGUUUUAGUUUGGACUACAUGUAGUCAAAUUCUAAUGGUUUUUGGAGAAAGUUUUCUCUUAAAGGGUAUUAUAAUACUAAGGGGCUGUGAGAUAUCAAUAGAACCGUUAUGUGACAAGAUAACAAAUAUUAAUAAAGUUAACAAAAAAAUCACAUUCGUUAGCAAUUAUCGAAAAUAGAUAGAAAAUUACGAACAUUACCGAAAGUAUUCCGGAAACAGCCGAAUGGGGCGGAGACGUCACAACAAGGAAACAAAAGGUCGAGGCAGGUGCCAUCGUUGUUUAUCGACGAGUGUGUUGCGGUCGCGCUUUAUCAAAAAAAAAAAAAUUGCUAAAAUGGUUCAAACCUGUCAUGCUAUGUGGUGUACAAAUAGCCAUUUGUCGCAAUGUAGUACCCAUGAGUUCCUGAACACGAGAAAAAGAGCUGGACUACGCAGACAAUGAGUAAAGUUCGUCCGUGCUAACAGGGCUAAUUUUGCAGACCCAGCCUUCGGCACGGUUUUGUGUGGUGCGCAUUUUACACCUGGAAGCUAUUCGAACUAUGGACAAAUGAAAUCAGGUUUUGCUAAGAAAUUGCUGAUGAAAGCAGACGCGGUGCCCACCAUACACGCGCAGCCACCUAAAUGUCCCGAGAUAUCAAGAAAGAGGACAAUGACUGGCUUUGAUGAGACCACCCCAGGCUAACCAAAGGAGCGGAGCACUCUUUUAUAAUAAAAAACAUCACGCAUUGGAUAUAGGACUGGACACAUGUAUAAAUUAUCGCGUGUAAAAUAUAUAGAACAAAUCCUCUAAUUCCAUUCAUAUUUGUGUCUGUUGGCAGAGCGAAAACCUAUGAUAGCACAAUAAAUGCUAAUUAUUCUAGGGCUGCAGCUAUCGAAUAUUUUAGUAGUCGAUUAAUAGAUGGACUAGUUAGUUCGAGUAAUCAGAUAAGGAACAUGAACAUUUAAAAUACCUGAGCCUCAAACAGUAUAAUUUUUUUUUUUUAAAAUGAGGAUCUAUGUACAACAAAACAGUUGGCCAACUUGCACAGAAUUAGUCCGCUAGCUUAAAUGCUAUAAAAUGCUGUUUUUUUUUUUUUUAACAAUGCUCUUGACAAAUUGUUCAGACACAUAUUCCCACAAAAAAAAAAACCGGCUAAAUAUACCUAUAAACUAAAUUAAGAAUAUUAAAAAACAUUAGUUCAAACAAAAACUUAGCUUGCAUUGGUCUUAACAGGGAGCAGUUGGAUUCAGCCAUGUAAAAAGAGGCAGACCAGAGCGCAGUGUAUCCACCCUCAUGAAUAAAACUAAAUGCCAACACUUUCAAAACCCUUACGCCACUUUAAUUAAACGAAUACUCGAAGCAACAAAAUUGAAUUUGAAUAUUUUUUUCUAAUCGAAUACUCGAGUUAAACAGUUAAUCGUUGCAGCACUAAAUUAUUCUAUACUUCACAAAAAGAAAUGCAAAACAAACCAUUCGGUGUUUCCCACACGAUAUGUUGCCGGUGUUGCAUCGAUGUGAUUGCGCCCCUCAAUGAUCCUUUCAUUAGGCUGCAUUGGCUUUCGUUUGGGCUCAAAUUGAUAACCCAAAACACCAAAGAAAGGUUCAUAACUCUCCUCGUCACCAUUAGAAGUUCGUUUCGUCGGAUUCGUCACUGCAACUAGAAACAAAAUUGUCCGCCAUCAUCGCCGCCAUUCAGUACUAAGCCGGUUGUUUCCUUGUAGUGACGUCACGCACACAAUAUGCUAGAUUUCCGGGAUCUCGGGGGCGGGUCCUUUUAGCUUCUCAAUCGAUCCAAAUUUCUAUCAUUUUCUUGGUGUUGCGAUGUGUGAAAUUACACGAAGUGGCAUGAUAGGAAUCCAAAAGUUUAUGGAUAAAUGAUGGAAUAUUAGCAUUUCCCCAGGUGUUGUAAUACCCUUUAAAAACACAUGUGCAAUUAAAAUAGUUUCUUCCAAAUAGCAUGUUUGUGUUUUAAGGCAUGAAGUCUUUUUUAACUUGUAUUUAUUUGACUAACUUAAUACUCUUUGUGUGAAUGCCAAUGUGGAAAGUUUCCAUUAAAGUAUAAACAAGCAUUUUCUUCCUUUUCCUAGAAACAGUUCUUAUUUGUGCCACUUAGAUAAAAACCGACGUACUUGUUGACAGUAGCUUCACUUUUUUUAUUGCAGACACAUGGUUAAGUCACACGAAAGGAAAUUAUUUUACACACAAUCAUUAGGCAAGGUCAAAGCUCGGAAAUGAACUCAAUUACUUCCACUGACUUUGAUAGACGUGCAUCCCAUUUAGAUAGUCUUCCAGUCUAAAGAGAUUGGACGCCUGUCGCCGUCAACGGGACCGAUAACGUGAAUGUCCACUCAGUUCAAACAUAUUAGCCAUCCGUGGCAGCCAAGUUCAGAAGCCUAGGUCCCCGAUAUGUCUUCGCUUGGUCCUCUAGUUUGCUUCGUCUUUGGAAGCCUCGUCAAAGUUCUCAACCAGAUCUGAAACAAAAGAAUAUGGUGCGAAGGCGUUGUCAAAAAUCUGCCUCGUCACAACAACACCUUGCCGAAAUGAUCGCAAAUUUUUCUGAAAUUAUACAUUAAAGCUUUUAAAACAAUUAUGUACGUUUUGCCUAUAAAAUUUUAAUUUAUAAAAUAUACAACCUCAAAAGUCCCCCCCAAACAAACCUUUCUUUCCUUUUAAAAUCUAAUUAGAUUUAUUUAUAUAGCCCUUUGCAAAAUAUAGUUUCUGAUUA